AUGCAGGAGGCAGGCUGCGAAGUGCACGACGCGGGCUCGCUGCCCUUCGACUGCAACGCGGCGCUCAACAACUUCUUCCGCGCUUGGUCACCUGAGAAGAAGCACUGGUGCUGCACCAAGCAGGGUAAGGGCUGCGAGGGCAAAACGCCGCCUGCCGUGGAUGCGUGCUACGGCAUGGUCUGGAAGGACGUGCAGGUGAACGGCUACUGGACCUGGGUGGCCGUGCAUGGCCACGGGCAUUUCAGCCUGCCCUACGACUGCCAUGCCGGCUUGGCCAACUGGCACACCGGCUGGUCCGUGGGCAAGAAGGGCUGGUGCUGCUCCCACCAGCACCUGGGUUGCGACGGCGGGGCUGGAGGUGGCCACGUGGUCGUCGUCCACCAGGGUGGCGGUGGCGGUGGCGGUGGCGGCGGCGCCUUCCACAACCACGCACACCCGCCCUCCGCAGCGGGUCACGGCAUGAUGUGGCACUGGAGCUCGGCCGGAGGCGGACACUGGGUGCAAGUCGGCAUGCACUCGCACCUGCCCUUUGACUGCUUGGCCGGCGUCUCCAACUGGCGCGCCGGGUGGUCUCAGCCCAAGAAGGUGUGGUGCUGCCAGCACUUCGGCAACUCCUGCGCCUGA